UCCAUUAGAUUCCGUUUUAAUAUCUAAUUAAAUAAAAGGGAAAGCUUUUCCUUCUCCUUCCUCCAUCUCCAUCAUCAUCUCAUCACCGUCUCCGAGUCAGAGUUCACAUCUCCCUUGGAUUCAGAGCCGAGAUCGGAAAAGGAAUGGAUCCUUCCGGCUCUGAAAUUCAGGUGUCCCUCUCCCUGAAAAUCCACACCUUCAGGUUCAAGUUCAGGUCCUGAAGCUCUCUCAAACCUCUCUGGGUGUUUCCCCUCCGAUUCUUGCAUAGGUCUUCGCUUUUCUUCGAUUGCUCCCAAGAGCCCGCGAUUUGUUCUGUUCCAUUUUCAAGAUUGGGGGUUCUGUUAGGGUUCUUCGUUUUAUGGGUGCUAGUCUCUCUGGGCCAGCGUCGGAUUUUAAUGGGGACAGCUCCCUGGCGAAGCCUCGGCUCGGGGACAUACCGGAGAGCUGCGUGGCAUUAGUCUUGGUCUACUUGGAUCCGCCCGAAAUCUGCAACUUGGCCCGAUUGAACCGGGCUUUCCACGGGGCUUCCUCCGCCGAUUUCAUCUGGGAAUCGAAGCUGCCCCCCAACUAUCGGGCUAUUAUCGAGCAAGUGUUGGAUGAGCCGAAGCUGUUGAAUUUGGGGAAGAAGGAUAUCUACGCACGGCUUUGCCGCCCUAAUCCCUUCGAUGGCGGCACUAAGGAGAUCUGUCUGGACAAGAAGACAGGUGGGGUCUGUUUGUCGAUUUCUUCUAAGGGUUUGACAAUUACCGGGAUCGAUGAUCGCAGAUACUGGAAAUAUAUCUCGACUGAGGAAUCGAGAUUCCACACGGUUGCGUACCUCCAACAGAUCUGGUGGUUCGAAGUGGAUGGAGAGUUUGAGUUCCCAUUUCCUUCAGGGACCUAUAGCCUAUUCUUCAGGGUACAGCUUGGCCGGCCCACAAGGAGGCUGGGCCGUCGGGUCUGCAAUUUGGAGCACGUUCAUGGCUGGGACAUUAAGCCGGUUCGGUUCCAGCUGACAACGUCAGAUGGCCAGCAUUCUGUCUCUCAGUGCCACCUGAAGAAUAACACCAGGACCUGGGCUAACUACCACGCAGGGGAUUUUGUCGUCGAGGGUCGUCAUGAAUCAUCCACGAAGAUCAAGUUCUCGAUGACCCAGAUUGACUGUACGCACACCAAAGGUGGGCUCUGCUUAGAUUCGGUUCUUGUGUGCCCCACUAGCAUAGGAAAAUGCAUUAAUUGAUUCAUCGGCUUAGAGAUGUACUAUUCUAGUUCUGUGAGAGAUGUAGAAAGUCUGAAAAGAAGAUUAGGAGUAUAAUAUACAGGACAGUAGGAUUGUGGUGGCUCUGUGUCACAGUUUUUCUUCCGGGGCUAUGCCGCUUACCGCGUCUGUUAUAUAAGUUAAGAUCACGUGUAAAUACAUAUAUAUUUUCUCGUUUUGGUUCGAUCUGUUCUGUUGUUAUGGUUCUAAAACUAUCUCCCCCCCUUUGAUCAAUGGUAUAGAAUCCAAGGAAUUCGAGUA